ACCGCGCCUGCGCUCCUGCUCCCUUCCGAACAAGGCUUCACCAAUCCUGGCUCUGGCUCCAUCCCCGGCUCGGCGUCCCACAGGCCAGCGCUAAUAAGUCGCCUAGCUGUCCAGUAAUGGGGGAGUGAUCGAGGGGGGAGACGCUUGCUGCUGUGUGAAAGCCCGUGAGGAAGUUGAGGGGAGAAAAGCAGCUCCACGCCGCGCCGGACCGGACAGCUCCACAGAAACACAUCCUACAGUUGCCGUUGUUGAGUAGCCCUUAAAAAAAGAGAAAAGAAAAGAAAAAAGGGAAGAGAAAAAAAGCGCACAGUGAUGGAGAGAAAGCGUCCCGGCAUGCCGUCUGGAGCGAGAAUGCCCCACCAGGGAGCUCCCAUGGGCCCCCCCGGCCCGCCGUACGGAGGGAGCCCGGCGGUGCGGCCCGGCCUGCCCUCCCCAGUGAUGGAGCCCAGCCGUAAGAGGCCUGCCCCCUCCCAGCAGGUCCAGCAGCAGCAGCAGCAGCAACAGCAGCAGCAGCAGCAGCAGGCCGUCCAGAACCGUGCCAGAAAGAAGCCAGUCGGAUUCCCCGGAGCCAAUGAGAUGCCGGCGAGGCAGAUGGACAUGAGAGAGCCCCAAUCAGAUCCCACGCUCGGAUCAAAUGCUAAGAGAAGGAAAAUGGCAGACAAGAUUCUUCCGCAAAGGAUCCGUGAGCUGGUCCCUGAGUCUCAGGCCUACAUGGACCUGCUUGCAUUUGAGCGCAAACUGGACCAGACCAUCAUGCGCAAACGCGUGGACAUCCAGGAGGCCCUGAAGAGGCCAAUGAAGCAGCAGAAGCGUAAACUGAGGCUUUACAUUUCCAACACCUUCAACCCUGCCAGACCUGACGCAGAUGACUCUGAUGGCAGCAUUGCGUCAUGGGAACUGCGAGUAGAGGGGAAGUUGCUGGAUGAUCCGGGGAAGCAGAAGAAGAAAUUCUCUUCGUUUUUCAAGAGCCUGGUGAUCGAGCUGGAUAAAGACCUGUACGGUCCCGACAACCACCUGGUCGAGUGGCACCGCACGCCCACCACCCAGGAGACGGACGGCUUCCAGGUGAAGCGGCCAGGAGACGUGAGCGUGCGCUGCACUCUGCUGCUGAUGCUGGAAUACCAGCCUCCCCAGUUUAAGCUGGACCCUCGCCUGGCUCGCCUGCUCGGUAUUCACACUCAGACUCGCUCCUGCAUCAUCCAGGCCCUCUGGCAGUACGUGAAGACCAACAAGCUGCAGGACUCGCAUGACAAGGAGUACAUCAACUGUGACAAGUAUUUCCAACAGAUUUUUGACUGCCCUCGGCUGAAGUUCUCUGAGAUCCCUCAGCGCCUCACCAACCUCCUCCUGCCCCCUGACCCCAUCGUCAUCAACCACGUUAUCAGCGUGGAUCCCAACGACCAGAAGAAGACGGCCUGCUACGACAUUGACGUGGAAGUGGACGACCCCCUGAAGAGCCAGAUGAGCAGCUUCCUCCUCUCCACCGCCAACCAGCAGGAAAUUGCCUCACUCGACAACAAGAUCCAUGAGACCAUCGAGUCCAUCAAUCAGCUGAAGAUCCAGAGGGAUUUCAUGCUGAGUUUCUCCAGAGAUCCCAAGGGCUACAUCCAGGACUGGCUCAAAUCCCAGAGCCGAGACUUUAAGUUAAUGACAGACGUGGUGGGGAACCCUGAAGAGGAGCGGAGGGCGGCGUUCUACCACGAACCCUGGUCCCAAGAGGCCGUCAGCCGCUAUUUCUACUGCAAGAUCCAGCAGAGGAGACAGGAGCUGGAACAGGCCUUAGCGGUCCGCAACACCUAAACAAAAGAGGCCCUCCUGGAUUCCUGAGUCUGAUUUCAGAGAGUGUGUGUGUGUGUGUGUGUGUGUGUGUGUGUGUGUGUGUGUGUGUGUGUGUGUGUGUGUGUGUGUGUGUGGUCAUUGCUGAUGUCUGGUGAUUCCUUAAACCUCUACAGUCUAAAGGAGGCUUCAUCUCAGAGGUGACUAAUCAAUUUCAUAGCUGUGUUUUGAAGUGUAACCAGAGGAGGGGUUCACCAGACAGCAGCAGCGUACUGUGGUCCCCCAUCUCCUCCACGUCCCGUGUUAGCGCAAGACUGCGAAGGCAUCGCGGUUGAAAGCGUGGAUCCAUCCCCUCGGAGGACGACGCCAGUUUCCGCUCUGUAAAUAAACGUCACUAGAAAAGCUCCUUCUCGACCAGCUGCUCGCACGCCACUGUGUUUUCGGAUUCUCGUCUCAAGACUGUGCAGUGACAAACGCUCAUGACGUAACCCGCUGACACAGUCAGAGCCCCGCGGCUGCUCUGGAUGAGUCUUUAUUUUGUUUUCGUAUUCUUUUUGGAGAGAGUGCUUUUCCUUUGUCCUCGUUAGGGGGAGAGCGUGCUCCAAUUGUCGAUUAAUUACACCAGCAAAGUCGCGACGACAGCGUGACGCACCGGGUGGUUGCACAGGAUGCUGCACGUAAACCAGAGGUGUGGAUAGAAAAAAAAAGAAUAGAAAAAAAAAGACUUCUUUUUACAGUAAAUUAACCAAACUGAAGUAUUAUGACAUUAUCAGCUCCAUCUGUUUAUACUGUAGUAAGAAUAAGUGUUUCGAUGAAGGGAAAACAAACAAACAGUAUUGAUCCUGAACAUAAUAAUCAUAGAGAAACAGAUACGCCUCUAAAUGUUCCGUCACUCACUGCCUCUUUGUCGCGUCGUACUUUUUGCCCGUUAGCGUCCCGAAGGUUUUACCAAAGGUUGCAGCGAGAAGAGAGAGCGAUCACUGAAACAGACGUUGGCAAAAUCCCAGACCUGGGUUUAACAGAAACGACUGAAUAAAUCCAAACACGCCAGAGUAUUUAAAAGAAAAAGUGCUCCCAAAAGCUUUCCUUAACUCUUGAACUCUUGCAUCAGUGAACUUUUAAGCUCAGCUCUGUGGAUUUUUGUCUAUUUCUGCAUUUUUUUAUGUUACAAACACACGCAUUUAAAAAAAAAAGAG